AGGAUAUUGACCAGCCUAAAAAGAUACAAAUCACCAACUUCCCAGUCAAUAUUAAUAAAGAGAUGAUGAAAAUGUUCUUCGAAAAUAAAACAGAUUUUGGAGGAAAAAUUAUUGACAUUAGCAUUAAAUCUAAAGAGAAAAGUGUCAUUGUUGAGUUUGAUGAUUCUACAGCUGUUUACAGGAUAAUGGACGCACAACCAUUGGAAAUUCUGGGGUUUUAUGUUGAUGUAGAUGUCUUCGAAUCUGCUGUUGCUGAAACUGAUGAUAGUAACAUUGCCGAACGUGAUCAUAAAAGGCCUCAUUCUUCAAAUUAUAAAGGUAAUCAAGCUUAUUAG